AUGAUCAACACACAAGAACGUGGAUUUCCACACGAAGAUGCUUCUCAGCACACUAUAGUCCAGUACCACCACACGAUGCAUGAAAAGCACACGUUUCGUGCAUAUAAGGCACGGCCGCGCGCGUGGAAGGAGCGGAGCGGCCACGUCCAUGACGCGUGGGCGGCUUGA